CACACCCUACGUAAUUAGGAUGGUUUGUUCCAUCAUUAGAGAACUUUAGCAGUUUUGCCGAUAUAGGACCGCACCAGGAAAGAAGGCCAAAUUAAUACCUAAUUACCAUUAUACCAUCCUUCAGUGAAGAAGACUGCCGACUCAUUCCACGACUCUCAGGACGUGCGUGCCCAGCAGGCCGCGAUCAUGGAGCCGUGCGCCUGCGUGGAGAGGGAGCUGGACAAAGUGCUGCAGAAGUUCCUGUGCUACGGCCAGCACUGCGAGCGCGGCCUGGAGGAGCUGCUGCGCUACGUCAGCCAGCUGAGGGAGGAGCUCGGCACGGCAGCCUUGCAACGGACACCACUGUCUGCUACUCUCUCUUUGGUUAUGUCACAGUGCUGUAAGAAAAUCAAGGACACUGUGCAGAACCUUGCUUCAGACCACAAAGAUAUUCAUAGCAGCAUCUCUCGGGUGGGCAAAGCAAUUGACCGAACUUUUGAUGCUGACUUGUGUGGUAUUGUCCCUGCUAUGGUUUGGGAGUCCCAGGAGAAGCAGAUCUUGGUUCUGGCGAUUAUAGAACACCUCUAUCAACAAGGGAUGCUGGGAGUUGCUGAGGAACUGUGUCAGGAAUCCACUCUGAACGUGGAUAUAGCCUUCAAAAAACCGUUCUUGGAACUUAACAGCAUAUUGGAAGCACUGCACAAACAGGACCUGGAGCCAGCUCUGAGUUGGGCAAUCUUCCACAGACAGCAGCUGGCAGAACUGAACAGCUCUCUGGAGUUCCGGCUGCAUCGGCUCCACUUCAUCAGACUCCUUGCUGGUGGUCCAGGCAAGGAGCUGGAAGCCCUGAGUUAUGCCCGCCACUUCCAGCCCUUUGCUCAUCUACAUCAACAAGAGAUUCAGGUGAUGAUGGGCAGCCUAGUAUACCUGCGCUUGGGCCUUAAGAAUUCCCCCUACAGGCACCUGCUGGACGAUAGUCACUGGACUGACAUUUGUGAGACUUUCACUCGUGAUGCCUGCUCCCUGUUGGGACUCUCAGUGGAGUCACCUCUGAGUGUCAGUUUUGCUGCCGGGUGUGUAGCACUGCCAGUGCUGAUGAACAUCAAGGCUGUGAUUGAGCAGAGGCAGUGUGCGGGCGUGUGGAGCCACAAGGACGAACUACCUAUUGAAAUUGAAUUAGGGAUGAAGUGCUGGUACCACUCAGUCUUUGCAUGUCCCAUCCUGCGGCAGCAAACAACAGAUUCCAACCCACCUAUGAAACUAAUCUGUGGGCAUGUUAUUUCUCGAGAUGCUCUCAACAAACUCAUCAAUGGAGGAAAGCUGAAGUGUCCAUAUUGCCCCAUGGAGCAGAACCCAGCUGAUGGAAAACGCCUCAUCUUUUGAUAAUGGCAGACCCUGGGGAUGCCCUUGCAAAAAUGGGCAGUUGGGACAAUACUCAGCAGGCGGUGUCAUCUACAGCAUCCUGCUUGAAAACAGUAUUUGCCACUGUAGGUAUAGAAGUGAAUUGUAGCCCAGUGAGCUACAGGAGAUCACUCUCGUGUAAGGCAGGGCACAGGGCUCUACACUCUUGCCACCAUACAACUUUAGCAAUCCCCGCUGAAGGCUUCAGGGGACAGUACACACCUUUGCCCUCCUCUGAGGCAGAGGCAGUUCUUCUGUUCCUUGUUGGGGUUGUGCCAUAAACAGUAAGCAAAGAGCUGCUGACACCAUUUUUAAUUAAGAUUUAUUUUGAAGUCUUUUUCCGUUUCAAUCAGUUUGACGGGAGAGGUGAAGGAGUUAGACCUUCCUAGCUUAGACCUUCUACUGCUUUGGGAAGAAAUUUCUGAAAGAUGGAUUAUAUCUAACUUCAGUCAGAAAAUUCAUGGUGGAACUCUGCCUGCUGCUAUUUUGAAGAAAACUUUAAAGUAGGUAGGAAAAGAAAUGGGGACAACAGCAGAUCUGUAGGCAUUACUAAAAGUGGUGUUUGGGUCAGCCUCUACAUCCAGUAUGACUCUUCAGAAAACAAGGUAGGAAUAAAUAAGAUGUAAUGCUUCCUGAGAGAAGAAUGCCUCCCAUUUGGAGAGCUAGCACAGUGAUAAAAACACUGCAUGGAAAAACCUUAUAUAAAGAUGAUAUAUUAGCAUCCUACUGCUAUAUUAUUUUGACUAGGGGUAGCAAGACACAACCAAACUGUGUCAGUAAAUGAAAGUUAUAAUUACUCCUACAGGAUGAGAAAGUUGGUACAAUGGUUGAUAUAGAAGACACCUUAAAGUAGGCAUGUUGCUUAUUAUAUUAAAAAUAGAAGGCAGAUUUCCCCUCUUUUGAUUACUCAUAACUCUUGAUACAGUGAUAGAAGGGGUCUGUAAUACAGAGGUAUGGGAUACAGAUUCUAAACAAGGAUCAUCAGUAAUACAUCUUUGGAAAUAGAUGACAGUAAACACCAAAACCACUGGCAAAUUUGAUAAAUGCCUGCAUUUGCUGUCCUCAUGCACUAAAUUUCAAGAGCACAGCCUGCUCCCUUUAUUGAAAAGAAUAACAGCUAUUUAAAAACAACUGUGAAGAGGUACAGUGGGAAUUGGAAAGCUACAGAAACAAGCAAGUGCCUACAACUGGCAUUUUAACAAAAUUAAGUAGGAACUUAGGGGUGCCAUUUUUGGAGUAAAUACCUGCAUUGGCCUCGGGCAAGAGGCCCUUAAAAGAUGACAUUACUAAUGCCACCAUAGCUCUUUGACAUCAACGAGGGCCUUUCACACUGCAUGUGAUUUUUUUCCCCUUAGCAACAGCUAUGACCAGGGAUGGAUGGCAUGGAAAUAUACUGAAAUAAAAUUCUCUUCAGAUGA